AGAGAGAGAGCGAAUGAGCGAACGGCUGAAAACUCAUAGCAUCGGGCAACUCCAGUCCCAGUGACAAGAGUCUCCCGAGCUGGGGGCGCACCUUCUGCACAACUCACCACCAUGAGUGAUGGGAACAGGGGCUCCAACCCUGUGCCUUUAAACUCCAGCUCGACCCCCGACCCCCUGAACGGCUGAGAGAGGGGGUGGGGGUUGUGAACUUUGGUGAGUGUCUCUGUGCGUGUGUUCUUUGUUGGAGAGGUUGGGUUGUGCAGAUGAUGGAGAGUUGCGAUCCCUACAGGUGCCCGGCGCGGCGGACCCAGUGGAUCGUCAGCGCGCUGGCUUACCACUACGGCCUGGACCGGGGGGUGGAGAACGAGAUCAUCGUGCUGGCCACCGGGCUGGACCAGUACCUGCAGGAGAUCUUCCACCACCUGGACUGCGAGGGAGAGGGCAGGAUCCCCGCGGAGGACUUCCGGACCCUGUGCGAGAUCCUGGGGCUGGACGAGGGCUCGGAUCCGGAGGAGGGCGCGGGGAUCCUGGAGCAGGUGCCCCGGGAGCUCAGCUUCAGGCAGUUCCACGCCAGGCUGUGCGGCCACUUCAGCAGCAGGGCCGGCUGCCAGUACGAGACGGGCCGGCUACUGGUCGCCAAGGAGAGCCAGCACAUCGAGACCCAGAUCCGGCUGCGGAGUCCGCUCAGGCGCCGCAAGAGAAGCCCCGGGCCGCCCCCCGGGCAGCCCCCCGGGGGGCUCUCCGGGAAGCAGCACGCUUCCUGCAGCCGGGAAUGCUACGAGGACAUCGUGGCCCUGGAGGCUGCGGAGGACAGGAUCGCCAAGCUGGAGGUGGAGAACGAGAGCUUGCGGGAGCUGGUGGAGGACAUGAGGGCCGCCCUGCAGAGCAGCGACGCCCGCUCGCUCGCCCUCCAGGUCGGCCUGUGGAAGAGCCACGCCAGCCACCCGUCCCAGCACUGCUUCCUGGCGUGGAGCAGGACGGCCACCACCAGCAGCAGCAGCCCCGGGCGAGCCGCACGCCAGCAGCAGCAGCAGCACAAGGGCCUGCGGAGUGUCCUCAGGGAGAUCGAGCUGAUCCGCAGCUCCAGGGACGGCCAGAUCGAAGAGGCGAUCCGCUUCAGCCAGGAGGUGGAGAGGGAGCUGGCCAGGUCGCAGGAGGCUCUGCUGAAGCUGGAGGAGUGCAACAGGAACCUGAAGAAGGAGCAGCUGCAGAUGAGGAAAAGGGUGGAACAGGCGCGCCAAGCCUUGUUGGGGAGCCUCGAGAAAGUGAAAGAUCUGGAGACCACAGCGAAACAAGUUCCAUUGUUGCAGAGGAGUGUGGCACAAUUGGAUUCAGAGCUGCAAUAUUACAGAUCAGAGGUCCGAAAGCUUCAAUUUCUGCAGGCAAAUGCUUCAGAACGGAGGCCCCCUCUUGCAGUGUAUGAGUGGAAGGGUUGUAUACCUGUGCACCAGGAACGACGAUCCCCAACAGGCGAUACAGAAACAUCAGCUUACAAUGUUGAAGAACAACUAUUCCGUUCAGUAGAAGGACAGGCUGCCUCAGAUGAAGAGGAUGAGAAGUGGACUGAAGAUCAGAAGAGUCAGGUGAAAGAACUGAAGAAACUUCUGACCAGGCUUUGUUGCUGUGGGAACGGUUGUGAUGAUAAGACUAUUAAAAAGCUACUGUCAGAAUUUGGGAACAUAAGGAGUGAUGAAAGCAAUAGCGCAAUUCUAGAACUGGUUGAGAAAGUGGCAAAAUUAAAGGAGCAACUGGAAUUAAAGGAAUAUAAAACCCAGCAAAUGGAGACAAGCAUGGAUCAGCUGAAAGGGUCCUUACUGUGUGAAUUACAGCGGAAAGUGGAUGAGACAGAUCUGCUUCAGAUGGAGCUGCAAAUGUUAGAGACAGAGAGAGUGCGACUGUCACUAAUUGAAGAAAAGCUGAUGGAUGUAUUACAGCUCUUGCAGCAGCUACGUGACCUUAAUGUGUCAAGGAGAUCUCUAGGAAAAAUCUUGCUCAGCACUUUGGAGUCCUGCAGUAAUCCUCAACAUGGAAAAGCUCACAUCCUGGAGGUAUUGAAUGCCCUGUAUCGUGAACUUGCCGCCUGUGAGCUUCUGUCUGGAAAGUCUUUGGAAAAUGCUCAGAGUCACCAAUCCCUGGUGAAUCCACUGCUUAUAUCAUGCUGAUGACCUGCAGACUGGCUUUUCCUUUUUGAUCAUCGAGCACUUCAAACAUUUCCCAUAUAUCUAUAAUUCUUGUACUCUCUGCAAAUUUGUUAAAAUGACAUGUGGUGCCUUACUUAACACAAUGUUAAACUUAUCAUCUAAAAUAAUUUGCUUCAGUAGACAGACACUAUAUGGUGUUAGUUCCUUAACUGUUAAUCUUUACUAUUUGAAGAACCAAGUACUCAAGAUUUAUUCAUAAAAUUGCAUUUGACAAAUGCAGUGGUUCAACAGAAAUGCUUGUGUCUUUCAAUAGUAUUAUGUGAACCAUAGAAGUAUUAAAAUAAGAAAGACCUCAAUGUUGGGUAGAAUUUGUCAUAAAACGUGCCACAUUAGAUUUAAUGGGAUAGGCCAUGUGACAUAAGUCAGUGCAGUAGAAGUAACUAUGGAUAGAAAGGCAGCUGUGAAAUGAAAUGCUGCAGCCAUAAUCUAGGUACAUUAUGGCAUGUAUCAGUCAAAACUGAGGAAUUUGUUUUUUUAAAUAUCAGGUAACUGCUAAUAGUCCAAUUGUUAUUUUACAGCAUUGUAUAUAAAUAUAUAUAUUUAUUCCUUUGCUAUAUUAUGGAAGGAAACGAAUCUGACAAGUUUAAAGAAUGGCAUUGCUCUCAUUUAGCAGUAGUCAGUUCUACUAUAACGCAAUGGUUCCGUUCUCGUGCAAGCCCAUAUUGUAAGAAAAUUGCAUAAUAGCAGCACCAUUUAAACUAAUGGGGCCAGAAUCAUAUUAUAACCAAUACACACUUUAAAAGUUUGUGCUUUGGAAAGUGCCCUCAAUUUGUCGACAGUGUUAUAGCGAAUUCACAUUAACAAAACAUGCAUUAUAGCAGAACGACCAGCUUAUUCAGGUGCUUUUAAGUAGCUGCAACUAACAUUUGCAGUUUAUAAGCAGAAUAAAGCAACUCCAAGCCACAAUCUUUGAUUCUACCAGUUAUUUCUAUUGGUUCUGGUAGCCAAGCUAAAGUUAAAUUUAUUGGCACCACAUCAGUAUGAUGUGAUCUCUGGAGCUGAAAUUAUUUAACAACUCUAUACUGCACUGAUGCUCCUGACACUUUUCCCUGCUUGCUGUGAAUUUGUCAAAAAAUUAAGGGAGCUUUGUGACUGUUGGUGUGAAUAACCAAGCAUCAAGGCUCAGCCAUAAUUUCUUCCUCCAAACAAUGCAGCUCAUAGCAGGUUGCCCUGACAGUAUUAUUUUGGCAACAAACAAUAGCUAUAACUGGCUCCAGGGUGACCGCUUAGUUCUACUUAACACUAAAGCUUGUGGGUGCUUGGCUGUGUUUGUGGUUUAGUUCUCCAGAUGAAACAGUGAAUGGUCCACCUGAUUGCUUACAAACAUAUGUUCAGACAUUCACAAAGCCCAAUGUUUAUCAAGAAAUUAACUAACAGUUAGUUGGCUUGUCCUGAACUCGGGCCAGUAUAUGCUACGGUAUCCUUCAGGAGUAUGUGUGAAGGCUGUGCAUUAUAGGAUUUGUACUAACUAAGAGGAAAUCUGAAGUAGAAAGUCCUGGGUUGAAAACAUAGACAAGGCUUAAGAAUGUUGGAGGGAGUAGUUUGUAUGUGCAAAGUGGCAGCUGUUUUAUGUGCAUUACCAAUCAAAUCUCAAGACACAUGUACAAAUUAAGUCUGUGUUAUAUAUUCACAUCAGAGAAGAUGGGCAGAUACAUUGCCAACUGCAUUAUCUGCCUUGCAUUUUGAGUGUGAGGCAGAACAUAACAAGCUCUUUAUUUUAUAUGUUUGACUUUUAAAAUAAAUGCAACAGCUUUUA